GAAAAAGCUGUUCAUGAGAGACACUUCAGUUGCUCAAAUGCUUGCAUUUUUAAUUUAUUGUGUAAAAAAGAAUACGGAUCGUCUGAGCUAUUUUGUUUCAUAUUCAAGAUUUUGGUCGAAUGCAAUGCGAGUUAGCAAAUUGUACAGACUAAGUCUAUGGCAAAGGAUACCGACGUGCUCUGAUUGGUUUAAGCUUUGGCAUCUUUUUGGCAAUGUUUCGCCAAAAAGAUGCCAUACCGAAAUAUAUUUUUAUAAAAAUAAAUAAAAUUUGUGAAUUUAUCCCCGCCUCCCUAUUUUUUAGGGUUUACAUGCAAUAUUAAUCUAGAACACAUAUGCAGCAGAAAAGAUCAAAUCGUGAAACCUAAAUUCAGGAAAUAUAAAAAUUGCAAUUUAUUAAAAAUAUUUUUGUGUGUGUUUCUUCUUAAUAUUAUUUUGAUAUAAUUAAAAAAAUUAGCUGCGGAAUCACAUAUUUAUAUGUUUUGGGCAUUAAGUAAUCAUCUUCGCAUAUGUAGUUGAUGGGAAAGUAACAAACGUUCAGCAACAAGUUUCAAUGACUGCAUAAAUUAUCGAAUAAAGGUACGAAAAUCAUAGAAAAAUAUGAAUUAUUUAUUUGCUGCAUUAUAUGUCGAGUAAUUAUUUUUAUUUAGUUUUUAUACUUAUGUGCAUAAACAACAUUAGUUACUUGUGUUACUAGUAUUAUGAGUAAUAUUUAUUAUUAUUAUUAUUAAUUACUAUUAGCAGUAUUACUAAUAAUAUUUAGAGAAAACAAUUAUAUUAAUAAAAAUUAGAUCGUGUUGAUAUUCACUCGUAUCUUCCAUAAAACUAAUGAAAGGUACAAGGUUUGUGCCAAAUAAGCGAAAACUACACUAUUAUGAGUGCAAAACAUUGCCAAAAAGAUGCCAAGGCUUAAACCAAUCAGAGCACGUCAGUAUCCUUUGCCACAGACUUAGUCUGUACAAUUUGCGAUUCUCGAUUUGGACUCCAAAUGGAGAGGACGUUUGUGGAGAGAGCUCCGUCUCCGACGGAGCAGGAGCUGCUUUUACGGGUGAUUACGCCGACAAAGCGGACGAUGCCUGGAGCGCAGACCCCCCGGACUGGUUCUUAUCAGAACCGGAGCGGAAAGGGGGAGAUGAGCUCACUAGCGGAUGAUGUUAGCAACAUGGAAAUUCAGCAGGGCCAAGGAAACCCCAGCGAAGAAGAAAUCGCAAGAAAUGAAGCGAGCGUGACGGUCCCAAGACCAAUAUCCCCAACUUCCAUCCAAGUGACAGACGAGUUUAUCGCUGAACAUAGCCUCGAAAUUACACAGGCCAUUUCCCUCAAGGAGAACCUGGGAAAUUGGGCGCAAGCGCUGGCAGCUGCUACUUCUGAAGACCAGCACACCCAAGUCAAGAAGGAGAUACAGCAGGUCCUCGAAGAUGGAUCCAGGAUGGCUUCUGCUUUAGUGUACAGAGAAAUUCGACAAAGGUGCUAUGGAAUUCUUUUCAACUGUUUUGUGGAACCGGGCAGUGAGGAUUCCAUUGUUAUUGAAGAGAGAUGUUGGUAUAAAAAGAAUCAGAAUGAAAACAACAAUUUGCGUGAACCUGAAAGGAUCCACCCUUUACCUCUGCGCAGUACAAGUGAUUUAAUAAAAAUUGAAGAUCUUUGGUUUGGUUGUUCAGAAAAAAGGAGAUUUGAAUUUUUCUGGCAUAUACUUCAGAUCCCAAUGGAAUUUGACAUUCUAAUGCAGUUGCCAGAAGAUCAAGUAGCUAUAUCGUGCAUACUAAAUUAUUUAAUCGGUGGAUUAAAAUCUGGACCACUUUUAGAGCCCUUGGAUGUUGCGGCUUUUGUUGCUCAAGCUGUAUGGAAACCGAGCGCGCUUGAUAUAAAACAGCUGGAGAAUCCUCAGGUGUGCCCAUCAACCGUUAAUUUAUCCACCCUAUUCGUGAACGGUAUUGAACCAGUCCUCAUGGCAUUAGAGACGUGUGGCUUUCCUUCUCCGUACAAAUACACUUUGCCGUGGCAAUUUUUUGACGGCAAACUUUUCCAUUUUUUGCACAACGAAGCCAAGAAUCGGCCGAGAGUUCGAGUUUUAUGUAAUGAUCAGGAUGAAAUUGUGAAAAGGUUUUACCAAUUGCUUCCUGUUGUUACCAGUCGCACAGAGUAUGACCCUGAACGAUUCGAAUGGAGAAAUAUACUGAAGGAUUUUUACUUGGAACAGAACAUCAAAUCAUGAAAAUUUUAUGUUAAUGAAAAAUGUACUUUGUGCUAGCCACAUUUAUUGUAAGUGGCAGCAUAUAUAUAUAAAAAAGAUAAUAAAUUUAAAAAAAUUUAAAAGCAUUCAGUGCAUGAAAUGUGAAUUAUACUCUUUAUUUUGAAGUU